AUGCUUCCUGCUAAACCAAGUAGACAAAUUAAAAAUGAUCAAGAUUUGGAAAAUUGGCUCAAGUCAGAAGCAUUUAUACGCCUGAUGCAUUUUAUCAAACUGUUGAAUGAAAAUGUGGCCAAUCACAAGAAUUCUGAUCCAUGUCACGUCUCUGAGAUAACACAAAAAAUAGUAAAUACGUUGGAUACAAUGAUGAUUUGGAUAGAUGAGAAUCCCCCAUUGCCCACGCCUCAAAGAUUCGGCAAUAAAGCAUUUAGAACUUGGAUCAAUCGACUUGAACAGAAUGUGGAAAUCAUCCAUAAAGAUAUUUUACCGGUUGAAUAUUAUGACCAUAUAAUAGAAUUAGCACCAUAUUUUGUAGAGAGUUUUGGCAAUUCCACGCGUAUUGAUUAUGGAAGUGGACAUGAAUUAAAUUUUGUGUGUUGGUUGUGUUGUUUAAAUUUAUUAGGGCUUUUUGAAGAGAAAAAUUAUACUUCAAUAAUUACAAGAAUAUUUAAAAAAUAUUUAGAUUUGGUUAAAAAACUUCAACGAGUUUAUAUGCUUGAACCAGCAGGUAGUCAUGGAGUAUGGGGAUUAGAUGAUCAUCAAUUUCUUUCAUAUUAUUGGGGAAGUGCACAAUUAAGAGAUCAUCCAAAUAUAAAACCUAAAUCCAUAUUAUCGAAUGAUUUGGUGGAUAUGUAUGCUAAUGAGUAUAUAUAUUUUGGCUGUAUAAAAUACAUUAAUGAGGUAAAAAAAGGUCCAUUCCACGAACAUUCACCUUUGCUUUAUGAUAUUUCAGGAGUGCCAAACUGGUCAAAAGUAAAUUCAGGUUUGUUGAAAAUGUUUGUUGAUGAAGUAAUGAAAAAAUUACCAAUUGUGCAACAUUUUUUAUUUGGAACAUUAUUACCGUACAAUAAUAAUAAUCAUUAA